AUGGCGAUGCUCUUUCUCUCGGGGCUGGCCAUGGCCUCCUACUUCCUAGCGCUCUGCUACAUGCUCAUGACGUUCAUCAGCGUCUCCAAGCUCUACGCGACGCGCCACAAGAAUGCGUCCAUGUCCCGCACGACGCAGCUUCUUCUCAUGACCAUCUCGCUCGGGUGUCUCUUCCGCACGGCGACGUUCACGACGCUGUGCUUCCUUGAUUUUCAGCACACGGAUGCGUCCUUGUCGCCGCUGAGCGGGCGCUUCCAGGUCCCGGACGACACGCCGCACGCAGAAGAGUCGGACCUCUCGUUCUACAACAAGGUGGUCGCCGUCCUCUUCAACCUUCCCGACUACCUCUUCGUGUCGGCGUACCUCCUCGUCGUGCUGCUCUGGGCCGAGACGUUCCAGUCGUCGCGGCGCCACUGGUUCUCGGCCGACCAGUUCCACCGCAAGUGGAUGGUUUUCUACCUCAUCUUCAACGGCGGGCUGUACCUCACGCAGGUCGUGCUCUACGGGCUUCUCUUCCUCAAGGAAGAUGGCGCGAUCGCCGGGAUCUUUGACAACGACGCCGGCACGCGCCUCGCUUUGAUUCCGUUGCUCAUCUUUUACACGGUCGCCGCUUCCGACUUGGCGCUGCCUGCAAUCAUCCUUGGCACGUGGAUGUACCUCUCGGUGACGCUCUCGGGCUUUCCGUACAAGUCGGUGCACGCCAAGGCCAAGCUCUCCAAGGUCGGGCGCGUCGCGCUUGUGUGGAGCCUCGGGCGCAUUCUGUACAGCGUCAUGAUUCUGCUGACGUUCACAAAGGGUUGGUUCAACACGGAGAAGGACACGGUCUCGAUGCAGUCGAUGCUCCUCGUUGCGCUCUUUGUCCUCGCAGAGAUCACGCCCAUCUACUCGCUCCUCGACUCGGAUUUGCUCAUGAUGCUCUCGACCGACGAGUACCUUCCGCUCGGCGACAAGUAG